CUUGCACUUGUCGCUCCACUUCGCCUUCCAGAUGACAUGGAACUCUUCGCGUUGUAAAUGACCUUACUUUCGGAUCACUUAACGGAAUUUCAUGAUUCACCUUAUCGCAAUAACCGUAUGGGUCGCCAUCUCCAGUGAACAGAUGAUCGUAUUUACUAAUUAACUCUGUCACAUUGUGUACCGUCGGCAGCUUAAUCGCUGCUAUCUCGCUGGUCUCAUACAUGUUGAUAUGCCCGUAUUUCGUGACCACCACGUUCGCUUGCGUGUCGAUUAUGGCACCAAUCUCACGCAGAAAAUCCGCUCCUAAUAUCGUUCGCUGUAGUUCGGGUACAACAAUGAAAGGAAACGUCACCUCGCAGCCACCAACAACGACCGUACAGUUCGAUCUACCCGUUAUACGCAACACAUACCCGCCUACUGUUUGUACUGUCAAUGAACACGGGCUAACACUCUUACAUAAAUUCUUAUCUAUUAACGACACGGCCGCCCCUGUAUCUAUCAAACAUACUACUUCUCGAUCAUUCACUCGCAACUUCGAAUACAGAGCGCCUUUCUCAAUAGCCCCCACUAAAUCUAGGUUCAUACGAAAGAAAGAACAAGCAUUAUACCGUCUGAAAUUUUUUCUUUUCCGCCUUUCUGGGCAGUAUCUUCUCCAGUGUCCCGGCUUACCGCAUUCAAAACACCGGUCUUUUCUAUCAGCCAACUUUAACGCCGCCACUUCCCGCUGCAAUGCUUCAAUUUUCUGCUCAUAUUCGUUUGGUUUUGGUUGGUCUAUAGCGGCUACCGUUGUGCUCAGCAGCUGUCUGGUCACCUUCGCCAGCUCACUAAUAUCCAUCGGCUGCGUUGCGUUAACCAGUUGUAAUCGCUGAGAAAUGUGGUCUGGGACACUCUCGAUGAAUUGGGAAGACAGUAACUGCGCUUCUGAUUCUUCAUCUAAAGUGGGAAGCGCGCGUCGAAGUAGAUUAGUCAGUUUCACCGCCAACACUAGCGGGUCUCCAUCAGGUCCAAGCUUCAUUGACCGGAACUGCUGCAUUGCUAGCUGUCUGUCUGUUUCGCUGUCAAACUCGGACACUAGUCGUUCAACCAAUUUCUUCCAAGACGCUGUGCCAUUUGACCUGUCUACGCUGUCAUAUGCAGCCUUCGCUCGGCCUCUCAACAGCGUCCCCAAGACAACUGCCUUCGCUGCCUGCUCCUUGACACCCACCAGCUCAGCAACAGCCUCGAAGUCACGUAAGAAGCUCCUUAUGUCUCCUUCUUCAAACGCAGCUGGCCACGGGAUCUUCAUUUUCUGGAGGCAGCGACACCAAAUGUAACA